AUGGUGUUGCUGGACAAGUGUAUCCAUUCCGUGCUGACCUCACGCAGAGAGGUACCCCUCCACUACGCCGGCCAGAUUUCGAUUCAACGCUUUAGACGCGUGAAGAAACGUUGAAGGACGAAAUGUUGGUGAUGAUCAAGGCUGAGAUUUCCAUGGAUUCGGGAGAUGGGAGUCGAAAUGUUCCUAUCGGCAUCGCCGUACGAAGACUUCCUGAGUCUCUGUUGCACAAGAAGUCCAAAGAGGUUUGCAGUAGGUGUACACAAGGUUAUGGGCACGCGCACCCACUUGUCCUUACGUGAUAACUACCAUUCCCUUCCAAACCAAACAUAGCCUAUGAACUUAUAGUAAGUAGUGAACGAGGAAACUAGCGCAGAGUUCUCCGCAUAAUCAAUUUUGCUGAAGUUGUCGAUCCACAACAGAAGGAUAGUGUUGUAAAACGUCAUUGAUAAAUGUCUAACAAGAUUUCAGCAACAACCGUGUUUUAACAUGUAGAUUAACCGUGGACCGGGUAUACGUGUGCUCCGAUACUUCUUUUCUCCAUGUGCUUGUAGGCGAUGCGCUUCUCUUCGAGUAUUCAUUACACCGGGCAGAGAAGGAGGGUGGUUUUGGAAUAAAGUUUGGCGCAUCCCUAUGUCGGGUAUUCUUCUGCAUUUAUGUUGCUCAAAAGUCUAGAGAUCGUUCGACAUGGAGCGUAUACAAAUCUUCCAGUUAUGUCGUAAGUUUCUCAUUCAUUGCAGCCCCAGAACGGUGAUAAUGACGAUAUGUUUGGCGGCAAAGUGAACCGUCCCUAUGGCGGUUCUUUCUAUGCUGAACCGAACAACCAUGCAACUAAUGAUUCUUCUUUCGUUCCAUACUCAACCGCAAAUUCCGCCGAACAAGAGACAAGACCGCCCUGGUUUUUUUGCUGAACCCGAUUUUCGGCGACGCCGUCGAAUUUUUCAUCUUACGGAAGCUGAAUUGGACCAGCGCAUCAGCGUAAGGUACGACGAGGCGAUGAGGAUCGGGGUACUAUGGAAGAUAGCACCGUCACAUCCGCCUUGUGUCUUGAUCACAGUAUGUUCUAUAAUUCACACUCGUGUCAGCCUCAUGUCUGUAUGAAAUGAUCGGAAGAGCAAAGUUCUAAAGCCGGAAGUCGGAUACGAGGUAACCUUACGACAAGAAGUAUAGGCGAAGACGGGGCCGGAAUAGAAAACCUGUCAAUGCAGCUACUCCACACUCGAAUAGUAAGGAUCGCCAGAAUAUUUGCUUCCUAGAAAAUGCCGGCACUAUCUCAUAUUGAAAUUGUCCCGGCGGGAGAGAACUGCAAGUUCUGUGAACAAGCGGGAGUCCGUCUUAACAGCGACAGAAGCUUCUGAGAUGACGUUUUCCAACACAGCGAGUACGCGUACACAUAAGCGAGUUAUUCUUGUUUUGUUAUUAGGAACGACAGACCCCAUUCUCCAAGAGUAUUGCUGGCAGAUGUUAAAGCAUGCGAUGAGAAAAAUAUGCAAGAUGACAUGGAGAUCCAAAGUGAGCGCAGACUGUUUAGCUACCCGCAAAGCCCGAUCGGAGACGCCACUGAAGGUGAAAGGCUCUCACCAGCCGAUCUAUCGUUUGUUUUCCCUUUAUUUCCUUUCCUAGGUUCUUGAAAGAUAUUCUUUGACGGCCACGCUGUCCCGUCGAAUGAUAGACAUCCAUGGGAGAUGAUUGUGAUAAGCACGAAUAUUUCGGACACACGAUCUGUACCAGUCUUCGGGCCCGGGCAUGUAGGGCAUUAAGAGUCCUUAACAUAGUUUGCAGACUUUGACUGCUUUUGUAGGCACCUUGUUCCUUCUUUUCAUGUGUGUGCAAUUGAUGCUAAAGAAAGGAGACAGAGG